AUGCGUAUAAUUAUCCUUAUGGAAAAGACGCGUAGUUUACACAAGUUCUUUCCAAGUUCGGAAAUAGAUAUUGACUCAUUGCCAGUCUUGGGCUUUCCAGAGCCAGGACGAAUAUUUGGGGGAUUUCAAAAUAUAUUCGCCAACGAAACGACCCCUACAAACGAACUUACCUUUGGGAUUGCGAGAUUUCCAGCACGGACUAGCCACCAGACAGCAUUCGAAGCUCUACACAGACACAAACCAGCAGAGUUUUAUCAUAUUCUUUCGGGUCAUAUGGUUAUAAUACUAGAAGGUAUCCGUCAUAGGGUCACCACCGGACACGCGAUAUAUAUCCCGGGCGAUGCUGAGCAUGGAUUCUGCAACCCAAGUACUGAAGAGGAUUUGGUGUUCUCCUGGGGUUUCGCUACAGACGGUUUCAGUAAUAUCGAAUACAAAUGGUCUGAAAAGCAGCCUGACUGGUCAAAGGUGGAAUAG